AUGUAUAAGCAACGUGAAAACAAGACCCUCUGGGCAGGAGCUUUCUUCCCAGACCGAGAUCCCAAGCAAACCCUGUACCCUAAAGACCAAGGAGUGAGACCAUGGCUCGUGGUUCUGGGGUCGUUUUGCGUCAUGGGAGCGACAUUUGGCUACGUAAACACAUUUGGAGUAUUUCUGGCCUACUACAAGACUCACCAACUCGCAUCGAGUAGCAUUUCGGCUAUAAAUUGGAUUGGCUCCAUACAGUUGUUCUGCAUGUAUUUCUUCGCACCGUUGGUAGGUAAGCUCUUUGACGCUGGGUGGUUCCGGCUGGUAUUCCUGAUCGGCUCUAUCCUCCAUACGGUGGGCAUGUUUGCCUUGAGCAUAUCUACAUCCUACGUAGCUAUUUUUUUUACACAGGGCAUCUGCCAAGGGAUCGGCCUGGGGUUGAUAUUCCUUCCCAGUCAAGCAAUCAUCAGCCAUUGGUUCCAAAAACGGAGAUCUCUUGCACUAGGACUGUCUGCAUUAGGGUCUUCCGUUGGCGGGGUCAUAUUUCCCGUCAUAAUGCGUCGGCUUCUGACAUCGUCAACGUUCGAAACGACUGUACAAGUGAUCGGUGCGUGCACUACGGUUUGCUUGGUCGUCGCAAACAUCACUCUUGCCACCAACCAGCCGCCCGCAGAGUGGAAUCAAGUGCAUAUGAUGGAUCAUGAGGCUCUGAAGCUGCGCCCUUUCGUCUUCUUCACCAUAGGAUCCACGUUGGUUAUGUGGGGUGUUAGACUUUAUGUGCCCAUCUUCUACUUGGAGGCGUUCGCUCAGUCGUACCAUUUCUCGCCAGACAUCUCUUACUAUAGUCUGUCAAUACUCAAUGGCGCCAGUCUGUUUGGACGGCUUAUUCCCAACCUCUUGGGCGAUUAG